CGGGCUGAGACGGGCGUGUGUAUCGUCGCGGACUCUUAUUUUUGUCAUCGUACGCCAUAUUGUGUCUAUUGUCAACCAUAAUUCCACCAUAAAAAUCCACAUUACCAAUUUCCGAUUUACACGCGACGUGCAGUUAAAAAAUAACAAUCAACUAAUUUAAGUGCUUAUUAUUAUUGUUGCGUUAUCUGUGGAGAUAAUUAUUUUAAUUAUAAUCGAUUUCGGAGUUCCGUAUCCUAGUGAAAUUUAAAAAGUGAUUGUUUUUUUUCCGGCGUGUUUCUUGUGUUGUGCCAGAAUUAGCACGUGAAAAAAAUAACUUGAGAACAGUCAGUGUGUUAAAUAUAGUGCAAUGUCUACGCUGAAUGUUAAAAAUAAAAUUGCAUUUGUCUUCGUUGUGUGGACAUGAUGUUAAAUACAUUUGUUAUGUACAGUUUCGGUGUUUUUGUUAAGUUAAAGUGAAUUACUUACUGGAUUGCCAGCGCCUUUUUGGAUUUUUUCGGAAAUGGAGAAACCUACUUUCAAGUUGGUGGGUUCCCCUUGCGGUCACCACGGCCAGUACACCUUCUACAAAGCCAUCAGACUCUGCGGAGAGAAGGACCGCAUCAUUGCCAUCGGAGACUUCUUCUUUGUCAGGAUAUGGCAGGACUCUGAGCUGGUCUCCGUCGGUGAACUCCAACUGCUGUGGACCGACAGGAUCUCCGGCCAGACCCUGGUCAGCCUCCGACUGUACUUCCUGCCAGAGAACACUCCUGACGGUCGAAGCCAGCAUGGAGAGGACGAAGUCCUAGCCAUCAACGAGAAAGUGGUCCUACGAGCCGAUGACCUGCUCAGCUGGGUGUGUAACGGCGAAGAUUGGCGGUGGGGGCUCCGAGCGGUGUGGAGGGGCGCCUGUGCCCCCCCUGCGGACCCUCGACACACGGCUCCCUUACACCACACUAAGCUGGACUUCAGCGAUGUUGAGAAGGAGAAAAAUUCUAUUGGUAAUGUUUAUUCUAUUACAGUGGACCCAGACAGCCCAGGCGUGGUAGUGUUCUCCUACCCCCGGUACUGCCGGUACAGAGCGCUACUCUCUCGACUGGAGGGCGUGCAGGGCGACUGGCUGAGAGACUCGCUGGUCGCCGCGUUGGGAGGGUACGCCGCGCCCACGCAUAACACCAGGAUCCUUUACUGCAAGGACACAUUCGAAUACGCCGAGCUAGAAGGCCACGAGUUCGUGUGCAACCAGUUCGCGCCGAAGCUGAAGGGCCGGCCGCGCGGGCGCCGCCGCCGCCCCCCCCGCGCCGGCGACCCGUCCCCCACCCCCUCGCCCGAGCGGCCGUCGUCGGAGCACGACUCGGACGAUCAGAGGAGCACGCCCAGUGUCGCGACCCCCCGCCGUCUUUCCCUCCGCAACGGAGCGGACCGGCACAGCGACGAGGACGACUACAAGAGAGAGGACAAGAGAGAGGAAAAGAGAGAGGAGAAGAGAGACACCACCCUCGAGGAUAGAGCCUUCUUGCUGCAGCUCAGACAGUUUUAUAGGGAGAGGAACGAGUCUAUGCACGGGCAUACGCUGAAAGACUUAUCUCUCCGAGUGCUGUACGAGUCGGUGACGUCCCGAGGCGGGUACGAGGCGGUCUGCAGGCAUAAGCUGUGGCGAGCUCUUAGCGUUGAACACCCCGCUAGAGCGAGGAGGCAUUAUGAAAGAUUCCUUCUGCCCUACGAGAACCACUCUCGCCGCAACGGUCUGACGCACAACGGCCGCCUCCCCCCGCGGACCGUCGCGACCAUCGACGUCACCUCCCCCCCGCGAUCCCCGCCGCCCCCCUCGCAGACUGAGGUCGCUAAGAGACUAAGAACUCCAUCACCAGUGACAACAAUCGACAACGAAACCGGCGAGUCGAAAGACGAACUCAACCUCAUUUCCAAACCAGCCGAAGAACUGAACAGGGAGUUUUUGGAAUCGUUGCCCAAAGACGAGAAACCUCUGAAAAUCUCUGUCAAGCCGGUAGAGAAGCUCAUCGAAGCGAAGCAGAGCGAAGAAGCGAAGGAAUGCGAGCGGAAGCCGAGCGAAGCGAGCGGAGCGACGCUUAAUGAGCUCGCGCAUAAGUUGAAUUUGAGCAACCCAGCGGGCCCGUACGUAGCGGUGGCGCCCGAGACUCGACUCAACGGUCACGACGCGAAGCCCCUCGAACAGCAGAAGACUCGUCCCGCGGGCCGAAGCUCGCUGCGCGCGGUGCGAGUGAAGCCCACGCGACCGCAGCACACUCCUGCUAACACACCGCCCAUCCCGCCCGCGCGCGGCUCGCCCCCCCCGCUGACCAACUUCGGCAUCCACCACCCGCCGCCCGCCAACCACAGCGACGACGAGAUUGUCGAGGUGAGUCACAAUAUACAGGCGCCCGUCCCGCCCGCGCGCGGCUCGCCCCCCCCGCUGACCAACUUCGGCAUCCACCACCCGCCGCCCGCCAACCACAGCGACGACGAGAUUGUCGAGGUCCCAUACAAACCAAAAACGCCAGAAAUAAUCGACCUGGAUGAAUACCCCGAAAGCCCAAUAUCGACCAAGAAGAAGAAGCUCGACAUCCUCAAAGAACGGGGUUUAGAAGUCACCGCGAUCCCCACCUGGCCUCUUCAACCCCCUAUCACCCCCCUUCUAAAUCCCACCCCCAUGCUCCUAAACCCAGCUGUCCAACACCAAAUAAUGACCCAGGCCCAAAUAUUUCAGAUGUAUAACAUCAUUCCGCCGAACUAUAAUGGCGCUCAACCCCCUAAAGUGAUCCAAGCAACGAGCCUUUACGGCAGUUCUGGUCCAGAGAAGACCGUUUAUGGUAAUCCAAAAGACCCCUUCAUGCCCCCUCCUCAUAUCUUAACAGGCACCCCUGUGAAACCCCAAAGAAACAUCCCCACCACCACCACACCUCCACAAGGGCCCCAAGACAUCCUAGACCUAACUUGCAAAAGUCCUGUGCCCUCCCAAAAACCAGCGGUCGAAAUAGUAAGAAUACCGACCGCUCCCUCCCCAUCCAAAAAUUCUCCCCAGAAUCUGAGCAAAAAUUAUACUUUGAUUGACGGAAAAGCAGUCGUCGGGUCCAAUUUAGAAAUCACUUUAGUCAAUCCUAGAGUGCAGACGCCCAACAAAAAUAGACAGAAUCAGAAAAGGUCGUCUAACGGGAAGUUUGUGUCGAGCAAAACUCCAACACCGCCGAAGGAAAACCCCAAGCAAUUCCCAUCGCCGUCUGGACUGAAGAAGAAUCCUAUAGUAGUGCCCAAUUAUCAAAUCAAUUCGAGGGAUAACGUGUCGCCUACGAGUUCUACUGGGUCCAGGGACAGCCAAACCAACUCCACCAAUGUGUUCAAGCCAACCAAUCUAGCGCAAAUACUAGAGAUGCAGAAAUCUGUACCAAGUGUGCCACUUAUGGACCCAGUCUACAUGAGCGCGCUAUACAGCAGCCUAGGGAAUUUGGACCAACGUCAAUUGACUAUGUAUAGAGACUUUAUGGCGAGCCAGAUGAGGUACACGGGACUCCUGAAUAUGGGGGUAGGCACACCCACUACUAAGAAUUGAGUCUAGUCCGAAAUGUGUGACUGCGAUGCGGUAUGUGCCAUAUAUGGGCCACGUCACCGUUAUGGGAACAACUU